CCUUGAGUGCCAAGCAAAUUUACGAACUUGAAUAGCUGCCUAAAUUGGCAAGAUGACAUAAGCCUCCGUGCUAAUGCCACGAGCCACGGACACCUUCUGCCACAUUCUGCCAUCGCCCAAAUUCCCCCGCCGCCGCACGGACGUCAGCCACAGGUUUAGCCACAGCGCAUAUUGACCAGCGCAAUCCAACUCCAAUAAAUUCUGAACAAAAAAAUCAGGAUCAUCUUAAGUUUGAAACGGCUGAUCUAGUGCGGCGCACCAUCCAAGAUGGUUCGACAAGCAAAACAGACACCGGAACAAAAAAAAGAGUCGCAGAAGAGAAAGACGACUCAGAAGAAAAAGGUGACAGAGACUGGAGUGUGGCCAUGCAAAAUCGAUGGUUGCAACAAGCAGUUUGCUCGGGAGGCCGAUCUGAAACGGCAUCAGCGAACUACCAAAUUACACUCCGUGCCAGGAUUUGCAUGUCCGCAAUGUGAUGCUACGUUUACACGAACUGAUGCAUUACGGAGGCAUCAGAAGUCCAGACACAACGGCGUAAUCAUCGAACCCACGGAGGUAGAGAAGAAGAAAGAUAGUACCGAGCCUCGGGCAUCAGGGUCUCAAUCUCACAGCCGAAGUCCAUCGCCGUCAUCGAAAGGUGCAGAGAAUUCAACCGAUGGCGCUCCACCCCCUCUUGGUACUCUUGGCGGUCCGCAAGGCCCACACAGUUAUUAUCGCCAACACACUAUGCCUGCAGGUGCAUACAUGACGCCACCCCUUGGAGUAAUCGUUGAAGGUCAAUAUCCUCCUAACGUUGGACUCCCGACAUCAUCGGCUCGAUUACACCAGGCAACAUGGCCCCCAAGCGCCUGGAUUCCUGACGGGUCACAACCACCACCUAUUCCGCCUAUAGGUUAUCCGCAUCCUUCAUACUAUGCAUACUAUCGUGGAAUGCCUCACCCUCCACCACCCUCUGAACUCAUGGCUCAUCUACAAAACGGUGUCCAGCCGCAUUCUCCCUCGCCCUGUGACGACUCAUCGAGCACUAGUAGUCCUACAAGGACGAGUAUGCACAGUGGCGGCGACCCCUCUGCGUCGGGAACAGGGAACUUCCAUGGGAAUGAAGCAAGAUCACCUGUCAUCGACCCUUCACUAGACAUCUCACCAGUGUCACCAGCUGCAAACCAUAAAGUAUCUUUUAAGAUCAAUCAACCCGCUGUAGAAGUCGUCUUGUCAUCGACAGAAAGAGAGCCAUCACGUGCACCGGAUAUGAUACACUCACCCAGUCAUGUGGACCCUCGAUCGGUAUCACACCAUUCUAGCUCGGCUUCUACCGGAGGUAGCAUCGAACGAAACGAAACAUCAAGAGAACUCACGUCCAGUCACGAUAUAGAACCACCUGAACUAUUUUAUGCUACCCAAUCGCCACCCCAUACUCACACUUUCGAGCGUCCACCUGAAAUGGAACACAUGCUCACAGAAGAUGGAGAGCCUAUGCUGAAUCCAGCCGAGCUGUUGACUCAGGAAUCCCUCGCAUCUCCACCUCCAUCUCUAUAACAGUCAUACUCUAGAUUAUUGAUGUUAUUCCUCGCUGUUUUUUUACAUGCAUUACCUUACUGUACUCACGCAUACAUAGCUUGUUUCCAUGCAUAACAUUGGAGCUUUUUGUAACAC